UUUAAUCCCACACUAUUUGACUCUACUGAAGUUUGUGCGCGCAGCUGGCGAGGCUCUGUUGCGCUGGCCGGCGCUUGAGUACCGGCUGGUCGCGCUAAGCUUUCUACUUGUGAAGUGCUGAAGGAUGUCAGACGACGCUUACGGAAUGAAUGCACCCACAGAAAAGACCCAGCUGACGUUAGGAUAGAUACGGGCUGUCCUACCUUGUGAUCGCGGCAACCGUCACGGCCCGAAAGAUAGAUCCGAACAGUAGUAGCGAAUACUGCUCGCAGUUGAACAGUUUAUGCAGGCACUGACGACGAGUCCUAACUUUGUAGUCGCCAUGCACAAUCUCCGAUUGGUUACCCGCGUACGUAACGAUAGAGCACCCUGACAGCAGGCAAGAUAGGUGUGCUUUUGAACGAACGGGGAGACGGCAUUGAAGUACGCCAGUUAAACAGAUCCGUCUGUAUAUCUGCUUGUCUGUUCCUCAUCAUACUUUCAGGCACAAACCACCUGGUCGUUCGAUCAGUCCGGCCCAAAGUAUCAACCCCGCAAAACAGAAAAAACAAAGUGUGAUUGUCUAUUAUAACAGAAGCGAUAUAGACAGAUAUUGCCGACACCUUUGACUUUCUGUCGAUGGCGGAAAAAUACCGUACCGGACAUUUCAAUUAUUGCAGGUUUACGUUUAUACCCACCGAAAGGUUGUCGGCAUAGACUACCGCGGAGUGAGAACUCGAAAAAAAACUGAUACACUAAUAUUACUCAACGGGACAUUUAAAGGUGGCUGCUAAUCCGUGCUGAAAGACACAAAAUUCUAAGUCUGGCUUAUGCACCGUAGUACUGUGGUAUGCACUAGCAUGAAGUGUGACAUAAUACCAUGAAGAAAUUUUAUGUUGAACGCGGGUGUCAUCGCUAAACGCUGAUGGAAAACGCUCUCAAAAGAAUGUAAAUGCUAGAGCUUCAUAAGGGGACACCAGAUAAUAACCCUAACAAGCUGAGGAUUAAUACUGCAAUAGCGCCAGUAUGGGCCUUAGUGAAGAUUUUCCAUCAACAUCUGACGGCUCAGAAACAGGUUUCGAAACGGGUGGUUCAGGCUCAGACGAUUUCCCUACAAAUGGAGACUUCGAGUUACCUCUCCUACUUGAUGUCCGAGGUACGGAUCUUAGUGGCAGUUCAACCUGUAUACCGGAAUUUUCGGCCGCGCUACAACGAGUUAAUCUGGCCGCAUGUCGGCUUACGUCGGUACCGCCUGAAAUCUUCUGCUGUGCGCGCAACCUUACUACUUUAAAUUUAUCGCUCAACAACAUCCGGACGCUUUCGCCGAAAUUUGGAAGAUUUUGCAGACUUCGUAUUCUCUUCGCGGAUUUCAACGAAUUCAACGAGUUGCCAGCAGAGUUGGGCUGUCUCCACGAUCUCCAAUUGCUCUCCCUUAAGGGCAAUCGGUUACGUUCCCUACCGCGUGAGCUCUGCCAUCUCGCACAUCUACUGAAACUCUCACUAUCAGCCAACCGGUUGGUGACAUCACCUGAGGCCCUCUUUCCCAUGUGGACACAUUUACAGCAUCUCGAUUUGCGGAAGAAUUUACUAAACGGUGCCAUUUGCUUCAAUGCCAUUCCCACUCUACGAUAUCUGGAGAUAUCGGAAAAUCGAUUGAAUGAAGUUCAAUUAGACAACUUACACGAACUCGAAUAUAUUGAUUGCAGUCACAAUCACCUCAAUGUGUUUCACCUUACUAGUCAACGCAUCGUUCAUCUCAACGUCUCUCAUAAUAAGCUGUCAAGCAUCACUGCAUCCAUAAACGUAUCAACGCUUGAAUUCCUAGAUGCAUCUAACAACGAGCUAUGCCACUGCCCGGAAUGGAUUUGUCAGAACGAUCAAUUGAGCUAUCUGGAUCUGAGUCAUAAUCUCAUCAGCCAAAUACACAAUAAAAUUCUCUCAUUUCGGCGUCUAGACACGUUACGUUUAGGUCACAAUCGCUUACGGCGUCUUGAAGUUGAACCAAGCGAACAAUGCCUUCUUCGACAUCUUGAUAUUCAGCAUAAUUAUAUUGGGCCAUCUUUACCAGACGAACUCCUUUUAGAGGCGCCAAGGCUCGAAUGGCUUAAUGCUUCGUGGAACCAACUGAAGCAUCUCCCGACCAUUUCAGGCUUUCAGUUGACGUUGCGGUGGCUCGUCCUUUCGCAUAAUGCCCUCCUCGAUGAUGCUUGGAGUUACAUUCUUUGCUGCCCUAAGCUGAAAGUAUUAAAGCUUUCUUUCAACAGAUUUGAAACACUUCCCAAAGGGCUAAGCGACCUAACUCAGCUGCGCGACAUACAUCUAAGCGGUAAUAACAUCUUAUCGUUGCCCCCCCUUGCGAUGAGUGAACUAGAAACACUUCUGUUGGAUUGUAAUCGACUCACGGAAGUACCGCGCGUGGACUGCUGUCCCGCUCUACGCCGUCUUGAUAUAUCUUGCAACGUACUGAGCGAAAUUCCACUGCCGAACCUCAUUUCACGUUCACUCGAAAUAUUAGAUAUUGCUUGCAAUCAAGAUCUUUUCAUUGACUCGACUGAGUUUCAACAAUUAUGCGGUGAUCGCAAUGUUUCUGUGGUUGAUACGAAGUUUAGCGGUCGACUGGGCCCGUUUAGCGUGACCGAUAGAAACCCACAAAUUGCUAAAAAUCAACUAUGGACGACAGGAUUCUCAGAGUCUGACCGAGGACAUUCCAGGUUAUACAUCAAUCAAUGCUCACAAAAUGGGGCACAAUCGCAGGAAGUGAUUCUUGCUAUCUGUGAAUCAUAUGUGAAACCGGCAGUGUGUGGCCAAGCCAAGGCUUUCCUGGCAGACCUCAUUCGGGAUAUGAGACGAAAGCGCCAAAAUGGCGACGCUACCGUAGGAGCUUUAUCGAAAAUCAACCUUGCACUGCAGAAAAUGAUUCAUGAAUGCUAUAAAGAAAUAGAGCAACAAGCUUGUACCCAUCAAAUGGCGCUGUUGCUCUGCCACAUCACUCCUUCAGAAUCGGAUCCUGGUUCUGUGGAGCUGACUGUACUGCAUACUGGGGUCAUGGCUUGCAUAAUAGGCGCAAAGGACAACGCUACCAAUAUUAUUCAGGAUUCCAAUGUUCAUUGGAAUAAGUUCUGCUCAUACGAUGAGUGGAAACGGUCUGUAGAGGGGGGAUUCUCUAGCCAUAACAGAGAGGGGUGCGAGUUUCAUCAUUGUGAAGCAAUUCCACAACCAGUGACUCGUACACUCAAGCUGAAAGUAUGCGACACCUCAGUGAUUCUAUUCAGUACGUGUAUGUUAACCGAAGCACUGAGCGCGGAAGACAUCAUUAAAGAAUUCCACGUUACAACGGAUACCGUUGCUGGCGCGAAAAGAUUAAAUGAUGCAGUUAGCAGCCUAGUGAGCGACCGAGGAACAUCUGUAAUUGCGAUUGAUUUGCGUCAGAGCAAAUUACGCGCUGUUGCAGCUCCUCAGAACGAUACGCAACAGGGAAAGCCGGUUCGGUCGCAAACGGCUACAAACGUUUCAUAUACGCAGAUCCGACCCAAGUUGAGAAGCAAAUGCGUGCACUUUCAGGAGUUGCCUUUACGUUCUAACUCUCUUUCGUCGACCGUGCAUACAAGAGCGUCAAUCGGAAACCAGGAAGUUAGGAAGCAUAAAGACUUUUCACUGAAUGUUCCAUCACUUCAGCAACAACAGAGCUCGUCGCCUAGUAUUACUUCAAAGCGGCACUGGCGACAUAGCAAGUUGCUAAACGAGUUCCCUGAAAAUGUCCAAGAAACAUACAAAGCAUGGGAAUACGUACUUGAAGAGAAUCAUAAGAUGAUAUUUAACCGUGAAUUGGAAACGUUAGCGAGGCCUCCUCGUCGAACGUUAGCAGUGCCCAGCACUCAAGUUCAAAAAUCACCAUUACGUCGACAUUCCUCUAGUGAAUCGAGAGGUCGACUGUAAAGUAAUACUAAAAGUGCACCGGACCGCUACUCAUAGGCCAAGCCAGUUUGAAGAUUUUCUACGCCCAAGUGCAUGUCGUGUUAGGUUAAAAAACCCUGC